CGGCUGGUGGGAUCGAGCGGGCGAUGGCGCGCGCGGCACUGAAUUGAUCUGCGCCGGUGCCCCGCGGAGGGCUGGUGGCGGCGCAGCUGAAUGCCAGUCCGCCCCUCGGCCCGAGACCCUGUGUUUCUCAGCCGCCGCGCUGUCUAUUUUCGAAAGCGAAAACUUGCCUUGCUUGCUCCGUCCUGCAUGCGGCAAGAGGCGGAGGCGCUGCCCGGCCCGUGGAACAUCGAGCGCCAUCACAGUGAAAAGACAUAAGACGGAAAAUCUAAUGAAAUAUGGUUACAGAAGAACUAUAAUAAAAAAUCGGACGCUUGAGACCAGCCUAAGCCUAUCCGGAAAAAAAAUCUCGGCCGAGUGGGUAGGCCUACGGAAGUGCGAGGGCGAAGGACGAGCAUCGGACCAAGGAUGUCUGAAGGAGGACUCAAGGUGGAGCAGCCCAUUGAGAGCGUGGAGGCGCUCUCGAGGGAGGCGGAGGGGCUCAAGGUCAAACUCGAGGAGGAGAGGCAGAAGCUCAACGAUGUCCCGCUGACGACGGUAGCGGCGCGGCUCGAGAACCUCCCUCCUCUCAACAUCAAACCCCGACGGGUACUGAAGGGCCACCAGGGGAAAGUGCUGUGUUCCGACUGGUGCAACGACAGGCGCCAUCUGGUGUCAUCUUCGCAGGACGGGAAGAUGAUCAUCUGGGAUGCUUUCACCACGAAUAAGGAGCACGCGGUCACCAUGCCAACCACCUGGGUCAUGGCCUGUGCCUACGCCCCUACCGGGAACAUGGUCGCCUGCGGCGGCCUGGACAACAAGGUGACGGUGUAUCCCCUGAGCUUCGACGAGGACGUGACGCAGAAGAAGAAGGCGGUCGGCACGCACACCUCCUACAUGUCGUGCUGCACCUUCCCCUACUCCGAUCAGCAGAUCCUCACGGGGUCCGGCGACUCGACCUGCGCGCUGUGGGACGUGGAGUCGGGCCUUAUGCUCCAGAGCUUCCACGGGCACCAGGGCGACGUCAUGGCCCUCGACCUCGCGCCCUCCGAGAACGGCAACACCUUCGUCUCAGGGGGAUGUGACAAGAUGGCCUUGAUCUGGGACAUGCGAACAGGCCAGUGUGUCCAGAGUUUCGAGGGCCACGAGUCUGACAUCAAUUCCGUCAAAUUUUAUCCAUCAGGGGAUGCCAUCGCCACGGGAUCGGAUGACGCCACGUGCCGGCUCUUUGACCUCCGCGCAGACCGAGAGAUCGCCGUGUACACCAAGGAGAGCAUCAUCUUCGGUGUCAAUGCAGUCGAUUUCUCCGUCAGCGGGCGUCUCCUCUUCGCGGGAUACAACGACUACACCGUUAAUGUCUGGGACGCCCUCAAAUGCCAGCGCCUCACCAUCUUGUACGGCCACGAGAACCGGGUCUCUUGUCUCAAGAUGUCUCCGGACGGAACUGCCAUCUCUACAGGUUCCUGGGACUUCACGCUCAGGAUAUGGGCUUAGAUUCGCUGUAAAAAUGAAGGGAAGGAUGGUAUUCGUAAUGGUCAGUGCUUGUCAUAAUGUCAUGCAGAAUGCAAGAGGAAAUGGCAUGAUAUAAGGAAACCAAAACGAUGACGAAGCAGGCCUAACAAUGAAGUGGGACCAAUUUAGAUACAUUUUGUGUAGGCAGUGGAAAAAAAGAACAAACUAAAGGAAGGUGUAGUUAAAGAAAUACAAAAAAAUCUGACUCGAAUUCGCAGAAGCUCGUUAGAAAAGCCAUAAAAAAUGAAGUAAAGUUUUAAAAAACAGAUCAUUAUAUCACGUAAACCAAUAGAGAAAAUCAGUAGAGGAAGUUGUAAGUGUUAGAAAUUUGUGUGUUUAGUAAAGUCAGUCUAGAUUUUUAUGAAGUUAAUACUUAUUGGUCAUAGUCUACGGUGUGAAAGCAGGUGGUGUUGUGGUGGAGCCGAGACCCACUGGCUGGAAAGACGGGCUGCUCUUCACAGGUCCCAACACCACAUGAGAAAUUCCGGUCUGUGCAUUGGGAAAUUUCAGGGUCGAAUGGCCGAUUAAGUCGAAUUUCACAUUUUCAUCUCCUUUUUUAAAAUUCUUCUUCUUCUGCUAUCACUCCUACUGAAAACUCUUAUAAUACUGAGACAUUGAUGUUUCUCAAGUCUACAGCACAAAUAGCAUUACAGGGAGAUUUUACUAGUUACAUACGAGCUAUAUAUUUAUCACAAAAAUGUUAUAUAGAGAAUGGCUUUCAUACUUAAUAUAAAAAGGUACGAUUCUCGGAUCAAAUAGCAUAAGGCAGGUGAAAUCAGUAUUUAUCUGUAUAUAUCAACAGCUUCCCAUACGCGACACACACACAUACAAACACACACACACGCACACAACACACAAACACACAUACACACACACACACACACACACACACACACUCACACACACACACACACAUAUGCAUAUACAUAAUACAUAUAUCCACACACAUAUACAUAGCAUAUGCGCAUCUUAUGAAUCUCGUCCAAUUGACUUUCGUAAAAUGAAUCGUUACUUCACAUUUAGUUUUGUUAUUUUAAAGAACAAAAAACAGAGUAUCGUGCUAUAACACAUAAAAAUGAGCUUAUGCAUCUGUAUGUAUAUAUUCAUAUUUAUAAACAUGAACAGUUAAUGAAACCAGAAUCAUUAUAUUAAUUAAUUAAGGAAACACGUGCCAAAUUUUCCUUUAUACUGAACAUUAUUGCUGAAGCGAAAAAAAGUUAUAUGUUUUUUAAACAGAUAAACAGUUGUUGUUAAGACUGGAAUCGGGAGUUAUUAUGAAGACCUUAUAUGCGCCAUAUUCGCGAAUCCAAAAACUGAUCAUUUUCAAUAAAUUUAUAUGAGUAAUGCAACAUUGGCGCAUAUAUAUAUAUAUAUAUAUAUAUAUAUAUAUAUAUAUAUACGAUAUAUAUGUGUAUAAAUACACAUCUAAAUAUAAUUUAUUAAUUAAGUUGGAUAGAUCCCCGGUUGCAGAUUUCUAUUUCGAUCUAAUUAAGGAGAAAUUGUAUUCCAUUUCGCGAGAGAGCUAUUUUCACUUGUACGGCCAUAACAAUAGUCAUGGGGAGUACGCUGACCGCAUUCUACACUGUACACACUUUGCAUCUAGCAUAUGCAUUUACUUUAGAUUAUAAGGAACAGUUGUACAUGAAUAAAAGUCUAUUCCUAUGAA